AUGGCGUUCCAUUUCCCGUGUAGGAGGAGUCAUGCAUCAUCGGACUUUAGAUUAUACGCCCUUAUUAACCAUGAGGGAAGUUACGCAGGAGGCCACUAUGAGGCCGUUUGCUACCACCAAAAAUGCCAGCGGUGGUAUCUGUUUGAUGACAGUACAGUACGACUCCUGCCAGAGGACGCUGACAUAGUGAAUAACAAUAAUUAUAUCCUACUCUUCAGAAAGAUCAGGCAGGCCAGCUCAUCCGAACACCUCUCUGAAAUGCUACCCAGCACCACUACUUUAGUGCGUAAAAAUGCUACCAUUACUCCCAUCAAACCACCAACUCCUAUUAAGCCGUCAAAGUAUUUCAAGACCUGCUAA